AUGUCUCAACGGGAGAAGUUUGAGUUAAUUAACUCAGAAGUGCGUUCGUUUUACGAAUAUUGUAAAGAGGCUGGUAUGAGCGAUGAAGAAAUGGAUUUAAUUUGUCGCCCUUUGACGAAUGCUGUAAGGAAAGCUGCAAUUAAAAGGUGGACAAGGGUGUUUCUAUUUCUGAUUAUGGUAAUUGCCAUCGGAUACACGGUGAGCCAGACUGAUACAUUCCAAUGGCAUGCAUCGGCAGUUGCUCGUAUCGUGCUAAUAAAAUUGUUACCUAUAUGGGAUUGGACACCUUUGUAUUACAAUAAAUGCAUGAUCGAGAGAUCUCAGCCUCAAAAUGUGGAUGGUGGUGUGUCAACUGCGGAUUGCAUAGCCUGCGAGGCAGUCCGAAACAUAGCGCGUUUGUCUGAUACAUCUUACAACGAAGUUUUUAAUCACCAUUUACUACGCGGAGCGCCAGUCGUCGUUAUCGAUGCUCAUUAUGACUGGUCGUCACGAGCUGAACUUAACUUGACAAGUCUUAUUAAUGACGACGAUCGACUUCGUGACUCGGUCCCUUGUAGGAUUCUUACCAAUAUAAGAAUAGGUCGUCAACCCAUGGACUUAGAAGAAAUAGUUUCCAGAAUAACAAAUACAGAUAUCCCGAGUUGGUUUGUCCACUUUCAAAACUGCGAUAUUAGGGCUGUAAAAUCAUUCAGGAUCCUCGCUCCUAGGCCUUACUUCUUAUCCCCUCAUAUUCCUCCCUCCCACUUUAACUGGUUACUUCUAUCUAAGAACUACGAUACUCAUAGGUAUAAAUAUUUAGAAUUUGACAUUGGUCUAAUAAUAAUGUCGCAAUUGAAGGGAAAGACCUUCAUUCAGCUAAGACCACGUGCUCCUUGCGAAGAAGAUUGCUAUACCCUCAACUUUGAGUUGACGGAAGGCGAAACUCUUGUGUUGGCAAAUUCUCUAUGGGAAUUCGAGUAUUUACCCGGUAAAGGUGAAAAUGUUGCUAUGAUAACUGAAACCGAUUGGAUUGAAUCUUAA